AACGUCCACUGAAAAAAAGAAGGAAUAAUUGAGAAAAUGGGGGAGAAGAAGAGAUGGAUUGCCAUGUAUACGAAGCACCUCACACAGAAGCGAAAGGUCUAUCACGAUGGCUUCCUCGAUCUCCACUUCACCAGAAAAAAGGUUUCGCUUCCGAUUAUGUGUUGCUUUAUGAUGAGGCUGAUAAUCUACUCGAAAGCAGGAUGUUAAAAGCAAACGAAGUUGUGGACUCUGGUGAAAGGCUCACGUUUCAAGCAUAUCUUGUCGAUGUAUGCGAACCCUCUAACCCAAGUGAGCACUCGGUUCACCAGCCCAAACCUUUUGCAGUCCUCAGGCCUAAUUUCAAGAAAUCUUCUCCUUAUUCUCAAGAUAAGAAACCAAACCUAGCACAUAGUUUUGCUUCAAAGAAUCUCAGCCCAUCUCACAAAAUGAUUAGAGUAUUCAAAGAGAGAGAACUGCACAAGUUUGCGGCACUAACUCCUGACUCUGUUAUACCAACAUUUGAAGGGACUUUACCUCUUGGCUCAGCUAAUAAUGGAAGCAAUUAUCACCCUCUGAUCAACUCUCCUCGUGAUGGAAAGUCUGGUGCUGAUCUAAGCCGCCGAGAGAAUGAUAAGUACAGCAAGGACGUUAAACCUUUACGUGAUGUAAAUCAAAUACUCUCCAUACUUCAGAGACCGAAUGCUACAGCCACAUGUUCUGACACUAACCCGAAGACGCCAAUGUCCUCAACAAAAGUACCUCAAGAAUCUGAUACCUGCAAAAACAUUAAAGUGGAGCCUAUAUCACCGAGAGCAGCAUCUAGAGAUUCACUUCCCCAGCAGUUCAUGGUCCGAGAAACCUCACCGGCCAAGACAACUGCACGCACAAUGACUCAUCUGAACUCGUCCUCUCCGAGUUUUGACCUUGGAAUAUAAAAAACCCCAAUAUCUCAUUUUACGUAAGUUCUGUGUAACUUUUUCUUUUAUGAAAUGAACUAUAUGGAAACAAAGUUAUGUAGCUU